AUGGAGGAAAAGAAAGAUAUAUUAUUUUUCUCUAUAUUUAGAUCAUUAGUACUUAAACAAUCAAUCUUUAGAUUUAUUGAUAAUCAUAAACGAAAAUAUGUAAAUUAUGUUAGAUGGGUACAAGGCAAGGAUAUCAUUGCAAAUGGUGGUGUUGCAAUGAUUCAAAACUAUACUUUUAAUUGGGACUUUCUUCAACACUAUGUACCCAAGAUGAUGGACGAGAUUGUACGUCAUGACGCCAACGCAGUCAUCACCAAGUACUGUCUACGUAAACACGUUACUGUAGAGACUGUCAAAAGUCUCUUGGCAGCACUACCAGACAAGCUUCAAUUCCGUCCUAUCAAUAGUCGCUUCAUGCACGACCUAUGUGUAGUAUCUGGUAAUUUAGAGAUGGUUCAAUUCUUUAGUUCACUUGAAUCAAUUAAAAUGUACUUUUGGUGUGAUGUACGUACGAUGGACGAUGCUAGUAGAUACGGAAAACUCAGUAUUGUCAAAUACCUACAUUUUAAUCGUAGUGAAGGGUGUUCCCCCGAGGCUAUGGUAGGGGCAUUGAUGAAUGGUCAUUUAGAAGUCGUUCGAUUUUUAUUGGAUCACAGACCGGAAUCUUACACAAACGCUGCAAUGACAAAAGCAUGUGGUUCAGGUCACUUUGAAAUUGUAAAGUUGUUUCAUGACCGUAACCUCACUUGCACGAAACUUGCAAUGGAUGCAGCCGCUACGAGCGGGCAUUUAAAUAUCGUUAAAUUCCUUCAUUUCAAUCGUAGUGAAGGUGCAACAACCAAUGCUAUGGAUUCGGCUGCGGCGUGUGGAAAUUUGGAUGUUGUCCGAUUCCUUCAUUUCAACCGCACUGAAGGUGCAACGGUCAAAGCACUCAGUAACGCAAUACUGGUCAAUCGAAACGAGAUGGUAUCCUUCCUACACCACAAUCGAAGUGAAGGACACAACAUUAAUAUUAAACAACUACCUCAAACCAUCCAACCACCAUCUUUUAAAUUAUUGCUUCAAAUCCUCGAUCAACCAAAGGUUCCAGAGACUCCUCCCUCCAACUCUCAACAACCCCAACAUAUUAAUAAUAAAUAA